UUUUGACAUUGACGUAAACAACAAAAUAAAGUCUUCAUUUGUGAUUGAAUGAUUUGCAUUUUGUUUUUAAUUGUGCAGCAAUAUUUUGAUAUCUAUUCAAAAUGUUUCAGUUUGGGUUCAACAUGUUUCAUGAAAUUACACGACCAUUUAACAUGAAUUAUCGAUGUUAUUCAGUCUCAAUGCUACCUGGAAAUGAAAGGCAAGACGUAGAAAGAGGAGGAAAAAUUAUAAUGCCACCGUCAGCUCUGGAAAUGUUAACCAGACUGAGUAUUGAGUACCCAAUGAUAUUUAAACUGACAAACAGGAAAACUAACAGAAUCACACAUUGUGGUGUUUUGGAAUUUGUCGCUGAUGAAGGAAAAGUUUAUCUACCACAUUGGAUGAUGGCAAAUCUUGUACUUGAAGAAGGUACAGUAGUUCAGAUUGAAAGUGUCUCUUUACCAGUGGCUACAUUUUCUAAAUUCCAGCCGUUAUCUGAAGAUUUCUUGGAUAUCACAAAUCCAAAAGCAGUUCUAGAAAACUGUCUGAGAAAUUUCUCAUGUCUAACAACAGGUGAUGUGAUUGCCAUCAAGUAUAAUUCCAAAGUAUAUGAAUUGUGUGUAUUAGAAACAAAACCGGGCAAUGCUGUAAUAAUUAUUGAAUGUGAUAUGAACGUCGAGUUUGCACCUCCAGUCGGUUAUAAGGAAGAGGAACAUAUCCCGAAAAGUGCAGGCGGUAGUUCAGGUGUCAGUAUGGAUGAGGACCCAGCUGUGAUCAUGCCGGAGCCGAGUGGUUUCAUAGCAUUCAGUGGUGAAGGCAACAGGCUCGACGGCAAGAAGAAGAAGCUAACUAGUGAGAGUGAAUCAGACCUACAAAGUACACAGGCCAGACAGUCUUAUGUGCGCGGUAUUCCUGAUUAUGAGUGGACUGUCGGUACAUUAAGAUUUAUAAGAAAUUCACGACCACCAAGCGCAAAAGAAGAGGCACCAGUAGAACCGUUUGAAGCAUUCAAGGGCGAAGGUUUCACUCUACGUACUGCAAAGUCCAAAAACUAAGUCUUUGAUAUAUUAGCUGCCGUGUUUUCCAACUUUGUAAAGUUUUCAUUGAACAACAAAGUAUAAUUCAGUGUUAGCUGCGAAUUCCGUUUUCUUAGUAGAUUAUUUAUAUUAAUUCAUAAAGCUCACUGGCCACCUUCAGUUUUUACUGAACAGUCGAAGUGUACAUUUAAAAUUGAUAUGUGUAGAAAUUGAAAACUGAAUUUGACCUACAGUUAGAAUUUUCCUACACACAAGUUUUAACUGUAUGAAACCGUUCAGUUGAAACAGAAAUUUUGUAACAUUUAAAUUAAGUUGUGCCCCGGUCAUAGAUUUAGCUCUUUUAAACAACCUAAAUAUAUAUUUUUUGUUUCUUGUAUAAUAAAAUAUAAAAACCGC